CUUAACACGAGGCGAAACGGCGGACGUUUUACUAUCCUCGUAAAUUGCACAAUCACCUUGGAACUCCUCGAACGUCAUUGGUCAAAAUGGAUUUCCGAACUCAGGCAUCUCCUGCUUCACCGAGGGAGUUGUCAGCGUGGACGUCUGACGAAGACCUUGCAGCCCAGCGCCUCAGAAGUCCUUACAAGUUAUCACCCGUUGAUCGACCGUCGAGUACGUUCGAUGUUGGUCAGAGUACGACGGGACGAUACACAUUUGCUGAUUUUUAUCAUGCAGCGAGCUGCGUCAAGUUCAACAAGAAGCAUUAUCUUAUACCGACUGCUGUUUCUCUUCGCACUUCACGUUGUGAGCCGGGCGAUCAGACACAACCCUCUUGUCGCGUCUACUUCGUCUGUUAUCCUCGGUCAGAAGAUGUAACCCGGUUCAUCCCUACUCUUUUCUGCUGUGACGUGAGUCUUUCCAGUCCGACAGACGUGGAGCUCCCUUGGUUCCAUUUGCUUCCGGACGACUUUACCAUGGACAAUGCCCCCAUUAGCCUGGCGGAAAGCCUACUUCGUGAGCGCAUGCGUGCCACCAGUAGCGGUGUGGCGGACUUUGAAGUUGAGUCCUCCGGUCAUCUGGUGAUCACGGCAUCAAGCCGAAUUUUCUUCGCCAACGAUACGGCUGAAAUAAAUUUUCAUACAUUUUCUUCUCGUCUACUGCAGCAGUCAGCGGAAGUUGUCAAACCGAUCGAGGCACCCGUUAUGGCGCCACUACAGCCAAAACUGUGCCCCACCAACCCAGAUCUGAUCGCUUGCGUAGCUUUCGGUCAGCUAACCAUCGGUCACUGUCCCAGCAAUACGUGGGUUCCGCAAACUUAUUUCGAAACGGAUAAAGGCAUUUCUGUGGCAAUGCCUCCGUACGUUGUCCAAGAAGAGUUCGAUCGAUAUGUCGGGUUCUGGUGGCGACCAACUCCACUCGCAGUUUCUGCUGAUUCCAGUACAACCUACCAAAUUUUGUACGAACUGGUUGACGAGAGGCCGGUUGAACUGGUGCAUCUCUUAGCCGGACAAGUUGUCGAGUCACAUCGAUAUCCGAAAGCUGGUUGUGCCAAUGCGAUUUCGGACUUGCGAGUUUGUCAGUUCGACUUAUCCGCUGAGGGAGAGAUUGGAAACGUUCGACAUUUAUGUUUACCGCGACCACUGCUACAAUAUCUCCCGGGAUUCGAGUAUCUUGUGCGGGCAGGAUGGACGCCUGAUGGACAAUAAUUACCGAUCCAUUCUGAAUUUCUUGCUCUACUCUCUUCACUUCCCAGUGUCUGGUGCCAAAUGUUGACCCGGCUGCAAGAUUCUCUUCAGAUUUUCCUAAUUCCCACAUCGAAUUUCCAUGAAACACACCUGCGUGACAAUCAAUCGGACGAUGAUGAGACAAUGGAACCGUUUCAUCGUGUCUCGCUACCCUGUAUUCGGCUACUACGCGAGGAGGAUGUGCAGUUUUGGGUUCAGGUUCAUGAUUACUUUGAGUUGUUGACCAAUCCCUGGCAUCCUGUUCACCCGGCAACCACAUCCGUCAGUCCUGACGGAGCUGAAACAACCACGGAAGUGCAGCAAGCCCACAUAACUUUCGUCUGGGCUAGCCACCGCUCGGGUCACUUGCAUUUGUAUUUGAUGCAGCGAACAUGGCCAAAAUCAGCUGUCGUUUGUGCAAACGCGAGAACCAACCACGGAGUAGCGGAAAUCAUUGAUGCACAGGAAGUGUUCACUUCCCAGUUGACCAAUGGUCUUUGGGAGGUGACCGGAGAUCGAUCAAGUAGCUUCUUGGGUCGUUCUUUGGUCUAUUGUCGAACGUUAUUCGCAUCGAUUACCUCUCCGCCUGCUGUCCGUUUAAUGACCAGGUUACUUAAAAAGUUUGACGUAGGUCGUGAGCACAUUCCCUCUUUUCCAUCCAGCUAUGCAGUGAGUUACGCGAGUGGUACGCGCGGGAAACUAACCCGACUGACUCCUCUUAAACCGGACGCACAGUUUGGUGAUGUGCAGCCGUCACCUGGUUACGGAGCCCCGACAGAUGAAGAGUCCUGCUACGAUCCAUAUUUCCCUGUGUCCGGAACACAGUCUUAUCCCUUGUCCUUCAAACUUUCGGCUUUUGAUCCAGCUUCUGGAUGGGCAGUGGUGUCCUCAAGCAGUUUAAACCGAACUACCGGAGUCCAAGUGGUUAAGAUACACCACACUCUGACGGAAUCAUCGGCUUGCGGCAAAAAUCUGGCAAUGAUGCAUGUGGCUUGGCUUCGACAUCACAGUCGUGAGCACAUUCCCUCUUUUCCAUCCAGCUAUGCAGUGAGUUACGCGAGUGGUACGCGCGGGAAACUAACCCGACUGACUCCUCUUAAACCGGACGCACAGUUUGGUGAUGUGCAGCCGUCACCUGGUUACGGAGCCCCGACAGAUGAAGAGUCCUGCUACGAUCCAUAUUUCCCUGUGUCCGGAACCACGUCUUAUCCCUUGUCCUUCAAACUUUCGGCUUUUGAUCCAGCUUCUGGAUGGGCAGUGGUGUCCUCAAGCAGUUUAAACCGAACUACCGGAGUCCAAGUGGUUAAGAUACACCACACUCUGACGGAAUCAUCGGCUUGCGGCAAAAAUCUGGCAAUGAUACAUGUGGCUUGGCUUCGACAUCACAUACCCCAUGAACAAGUUCUCCCCAAUCAAUUGCGUCCUUGUGAUCCACCCAGGGUGGUACGUUUUGAUAUCGAACACCAGCCGAAUCCGUCUGGGACGAUUGAUGAGAGCGCUGGCUUCUCCGACAGUCCAAUCGCAAGGCCACCGCAACAGUCGUCGACUUACUUGUAUGGUCUGCUAUUCACUCCAAAGCAACCAAAGCCUGCUGGUGGCUACCCCACGGUUCACUUCGUUUACGGUGGUCCUGGUGUUCAGCUUGUGCUUGGAACUUAUGCCAAAGUCACGUUGAUGCAUGCUCUGGUCUACUGUCACUUUGGCUACGCUGUUUUCUUGUGCGAUUGUCGAGGAUCAAGCAACCGGGGUAUUCAAUUUGCAGGACAUAUAAAAAAUCAGUUGGGUCUACCUGAACUUGAUGACCAUGUGGCAUUUCUGAAGCAUGUCGCACAGAAGACUGGUCUGAUAGAUUUGUCACGUGUGGCCAUCACAGGGAAUUCCUACGGUGGCUACAUGAGUUUGAUGGCGGCAAUGCGAUACUCUGAUGUAUACCGCGCAAGCGUAGCUGGGUCGCCUGUGGUUGACUGGACCCUGUAUGACACAGCGUAUACGGAGCGGUAUAUGGGCCUGCCGCGUGAUAACCCUAUAGGUUACUGGAAUGGAAAUGUGCUCCGCUAUGUGGAACAGCUACCAGCAGACGAAGUACGUCUGAUUAUAUGCCACGGAGCGUUGGAUGAGAACGUACACUUCGUCCAUACUUCUCGUUUGGUGCACAAGCUGGAGUCGAGCGGGAAGCCCUUCAAACUUCUAUACUAUCCAACCUCGCGCCAUGGUAUCAAAGAAUACGAGCAUAUGGAAGCCUCUUUGCUCCAACUUUUCGAAAGGGUGCUCAGACCGAGGUAGUCCACCAAUUCGACAGUUUGAUCCGCACAAACAAUUUAUCACCGUGGUGCUCUAGUCGUUCUGGUGAGGGCCAAGAUCCGUGUGUUUUUUUUUUAAAAAAAACUACCCGUCCCUCAUUAGGUCAGUUCCCCCUUCUGAUAUAGGGGGGCGAAUUAUAACGUUAACCGUUCGUUGGCAAGUUUUUCUCCGCUGCUAUCACCCAAGGCCUUUAUCAGUGCCCCCACUUGCGUUGCUCAUCUUUUUUUGUCUUGUUAGCACAGAGACAUGAGAUUUGUUCUCAUUUGGAUUCUCGUUUCUUCUUCUUUGUAAAAAUUGCAUUUCCUCACAGACCUGUGAUGUUCACCCUAUUUGCCUCUCUCGUCCUCCUUUAUCGUUUGUUGUGUUAUUUCUAAUCAAGGUUGGUAUGUCUCGAAAUUCUCUCCUCAUUUUUUUUCGUUUGCCGGUAUUCAUAUAUAUUUUGUAAUGGAAACCUCGUUGACUAUAUUGACACGCAUCCUUUGGUUUACAACAAGUUCC